AUGAUUUUUUUCUGUACUAGAGUAUUGAAAUUAGUUCCAAAACGUUUUGAUGAUCAAAUCAGGAUUUCAAUAUGGAAUGUGGUUUAUUAUAAGAUAUCGAAAUUGAAGUUUUAUCCGACAAUUCUGUUGAAGUUUUGUCCUAUCACAUUUCACAAAGCUACCAGUAGACAGACUUCGGCUCACUACGCAGUGCUUGAGCACAGUGACGUCAUCUCUGAAUACAACUCACAAACAACCUAUUGGGGAGCUCAAAGAGAAUGUGAAAGCAAAGGAAUGAGACUUGCUCGUGUAGAUAGCAUAGAGGAGUUAAAAGUUAUUCAUGAAAGAUUUGCGAGAAACCUGGAUGAAAAUUAUUGGAUAGCUUCAAAAUAUGGUAAAUGCGUUUACAUGAGACGCAAUGAAUUUGAUGUAUCUGAUUGUACAAAAACUUCACUUCCUUAUGUGUGUGAAGUAGUUACUCCGUGGGCCGUAUCAUUAUCUGAAGAAUCUCCAAAACUUCACGAAGGGGAAGAACUUCAGAUUGGGUGCACAGCUAAUGGAUUUCCCCAUCCUGACGUAGCCUGGUACAGGGACGGUGAUUUGAUUACAACAAAAACCGACCAGCGCGUCCGUCAGGAUGUUGUUGUCGGAAGUUCUACACUUAUGAUCAAGAAGGCUAAUUUAGCCGAUGCAGGACAGUACAGGUGUUACGCUACCAACGCCGCAAUCAACUUUGAAAAGAAAGUAUUUGCGUUGAUGGGACUGAAAGGUCAGUGA